AUGAACCACCGCCGGCCGCUUCACACCCUCCCCUUCCUCCUCCUCCUCCUCCUCUUCCAACCAACCUCCGCCGUCGACUUCCUCUUCAACAGCUUCACCCCCACCAACUCCUCCUCCAGCCUCUUACUCUACGGAUCCGCCGCCGUCGAAUCUCGAGUCCUCACCCUCACCAACUCCACCACAUUCACCAUCGGCCGCGCUCUCUACCCGCAGAGAGUCCCCACAAAAACACCCAAUUCCUCCUAUGUCAACCCCUUCUCCACCUCCUUCAUCUUCGCCAUGGCGCCGUACAGAGACGCCCUCCCGGGCCACGGAUUGGUCUUCCUGUUCGUCCCCUUCGCCGGAAUCGAGGGGGCUUCCUCUUCUCAGAACCUGGGCUUCCUCAAUCGCACCAUCGACAACGAUCCCAACACCCGAAUCUUCGGCGUCGAGUUCGACGUCUUCGCCAACCAGGAGUUCAGCGACAUCAACGACAAUCACGUGGGGAUCGAUCUCAAUUCGCUCACCUCCAGAUUCGCCAACGAGGCCGGCUACUGGCCGGAUUCCGGCGCCGGAUUCGAGACGGUGAGGCUGAACAGCGGCGAGAACUACCAGGUGUGGAUCGAUUACGCGGAUGGGUCGAUGAAUGUGACGAUGGCGAGGGCAGGGGCGAAUCGGCCGAGGCGGCCGUUGCUUAACGUUUCGGUGGAUCUCUCGGAGGUUUUCGAGGACGAGAUGUACGUUGGUUUCACUGCUUCUACAGGGCAAUUGGUACAGAGCCACAAGAUUCUAGGUUGGAGCUUCAGCAACUCGAAUUUCUCGCUGAGCGAGGGUUUGGUGACUACUGGCUUGCCGUCGUUCGUGCUUCCGUCGGAUUCGAAUCUUCAAUCGAAAGGGUUUAUCGCCGGGGUAACGGCGGGGAGCUUGGUCUUGGUAAUUUCCGGCGUUUUGAUUGCCCUUUUUCUAAUCAGGAGGAGGAGGAGAAAAACAGGGGAGAAUAAAGACGAGGAAAUGGAGGAUUGGGAAUUGGAGUACUGGCCGCACAGAAUGGCUUACCAGGAAAUUGCGGCGGCGACGAAAGGAUUCAGCGAGGAGAACGUGAUCGGAAUCGGAGGGAAUGGUAAAGUCUACAAGGGAACUUUACUCCCCGGCGGAAUUGAGAUUGCAGUGAAGAGAAUCUCGCCGGAGAACGACGGAACCAGAGAAUUCCUCGCCGAAAUCGCCACCUUGGGGAGAUUGAAGCACCGGAACUUGGUGGGAUUGCGUGGCUGGUGCAAACGGGAAAAGGGAAGCUUCCUUCUGGUCUACGAUUACAUGGAGAACGGAAGCUUGGACAAAUGGAUUUUCUCCGACGAGAGGCAGAAGUUGCUGAAUUGGGAAGACCGGAUACGGAUCCUAAACGACAUCGCUUCCGGGAUCCUGUACCUCCACGAAGGAUGGGAAUCGAAGGUGCUUCACAGAGACAUCAAGUCCAGCAACGUCCUGCUCGACAGGGACAUGAACGGUCGGAUGGGCGAUUUCGGGUUGGCCCGGUUGCACGAGCACGGGGAGGUAGCCCGGACCACCCGAGUGGUUGGGACGGUCGGGUAUCUCGCACCAGAAGUGGUCCACACGGGUCGAGCAUCGACCCGAACCGACGUGUUCGGGUUUGGGAUCCUGAUACUAGAGGUUGUGUCGGGGAGGAGGCCGAUCGAGGAAGGGAAGCCGAUCCUUGUCGAUGUGGUGUUAGAGGCGAUGAAGGAAGGGAAGCUGGCAAAUUGUGUCGACCCGAGGCUAAGAGAUCAGGGGGAGCUGGUCGAGGAUCAGGAAGUGGAGCGGGUGGUCCGGCUUGGUUUGGUUUGUGCCCAUCCCGACCCGAGUGCCCGACCCACGAUGAGACAAGUGGUUAAGGUAUUGGAAGGGAAGAAUGAUAGUAACGAGGGAGACGAGGAAGCCGAGAGCGAGGAAAUGGAGGCGUACCUGCUCCAGCGAACGAGGACUGGGACGAUGACGCCUACGAGAGACUUGUGGAUGAGUAGGUACUCUAGCGAUUUCGGGUACGUCGGAUCACAUCCGACGAUGGAUGAUGUCAGACAAUCGCAAUCAACGUCGUCCGGAUCGUGGACCACGACGACCGUGGAGGGUAGGUGA